UUUAAAACAUCGUCAUUGAUCCGCGCUGUUAAACGACAAAAUUGGGAAUUUUUACACACUGAUGUGACUCUGAAAGACUUACUUGGUGAGGGUCAGUUUGGAGAAGUUCGAAGUGGUGUGUUGGAUAUAGGUGGCAAGAAAGCGAAAGAAAUAAAAGACAAGAAACAGCUGGAAAAAGCGAAAGAAAAAAUUAAGGAAAUGAUGCACGAGGCGCGUUUAAUGCGCAAUUUCAGACAUGUUAAUGUGGUUAGAAUGUACGGCGUUGCUGUGUGCCAUGAACCUCUGAUGAUUCUUCUUGAAAAGGUGAACGGCGGCUCAUUAUUCGACCUUUUGGAUCGAAAAAAAGGCCAAAUUCCCGAAGAAGAAAAAGUCGAUAAUAUGUCGCUUGGUGCAGCGAGAGGAAUUGAAUAUCUUCAUUCACAGCAAUGCAUACAUCGAGAUAUCGCGUCAAGAAACGUUUUAUACACAGAGACAAAAAUAGCCAAAAUCAGCGACUUUGGAAUGUCGAGAUCGGGACCACUUUAUGAGAUGAAACGAGGUGGUCGUAAGAGAAUACCACUCAAGUGGACGGCACCUGAAAGUAUGGUUGCAUUCCAGUACACCUCCAAAACCGAUGUCUUUUCAUUCAGUAUUCUCUUGUGGGAAAUAUUCUCGGACGCAGCAGAGCCGUACGCUGGUAUGACGUGCCUUGAGGUUAAGAAAAUGGUACAGUACGUGACAUUAUUUCGGCUGUCCUCGAAAGAGAUUUCAUGUGGAGAAAGACUCAAAAAGCCACAGAAUUGUCCAGACGAUAUGUAUCGCCUAAUGAACAAAUGUUGGGAACAAAAUCCAGCUAAGCGAUGCACAAUGAGUGAAGUAAUUUUUUCUUGGACUGAAAAUUCUUUCAAUCAGGGAAGUGGAUGA